UUCGACUAAGUUUGUUGAUAAGUAGUAUCUGACACAUUGGCACAUUGAAAUUGAUGGUGUGAACAUCCUUUUGAGAUGAGGCUAUUCCUUUCACUCUUGUCGUGCAUUGUCGCGUGCUUUUGCUUCGAGCCAACUCCACCAGUGCAGGUGCAUACUGUAGGGAGCACGGACGAAGAAAUCAUGCAUCGUUUUUUAGGCCCAGGUGAUAAAAACACUAUCAAAUAUGAGACUAGCUUGCUUCAAGAUAUUCUUGGAAACUACAGCAGCGGCAUGCGGCCGGUGCAAUCUUCAAAAAUGCCAGCGAUUAUUCAGUUUGACUUGAGGCUAAACAAACUUGUUAAGCUGGAUACCAAAGAGCAAGUUCUUGUGGUGGAUGCCUUUGUAAUUAUGCGUUGGCUUGACCCUCAGCUGCAAUGGAAUGCAACCAAUUACAACGGAACUGACAUUGUAAAUAUUCCAAGUACGAAUGUUUGGACUCCUGACAUUGUUCUUUACAACACUGCUGAUAGUUUCAAACGAGCCUACACGGACAUCUACACUGCACCAGUCAUCGUUCGAUCCAACGGCAGUGUUUUAUGGACAAAUUCUGUGACUCUUUCAGCUUCAUGUGACAUCAACAUUAAAUGGUUUCCUGUCGAUUCCCAGAAAUGUCCCAUGACCUUUGGAUCUUGGUCUUACACUGCCCCCCGUCUAAAAAUCAUAUUUGGUUAUCAACCAACAAGUACACAUGAAGUAACCGAAGAUUCAUUCUACAUUUCAAAUGGAGUUUGGGAUUUUCUAGAUUUCUCUUCAGAAUAUUCGACAAAGAAAUAUGCCUGUUGCGAAGAGCCAUUUUCGCAAGUUGAGUAUAAAUUUGAGCUAAAAAGACGUCCUACCUUCUUUCUACUUUACCUUAUUUUCCCAUGCAUUGCUAUUGUUGUUCUUGCUUUGCUUUCAUAUCUCAUACCUCCGGAGGCUGGCGAGAGGAUUGGUUUCGGAGUUACAGUUAUACUCAGCUUCAGUGUUUAUCUCAUCGUCAUAUCGGACAAGCUACCCGAGAAAUCUGACACAUCUCCACUUCUUGGGAUCCUUUAUGUUCUCAUCUUUUAUAUGUUGGUGUUCUCUUUUGUUGCCUCUACAAUUAAUGUUCGGUUGUAUUACAAUAAAUAUCGCCCACCCAAUUGGCUUGUGAAUUUGGCUCAAGGCUCAAAGAGAACAUGGACGAUUUCAUUUAAGAAGAAGCAGAAGAUUGGAGAUAUGACAAAAAAAAUUGAAGUUCGAUCGGCUGGAGACCACGACCGUGAAAUGAAAAUGAAAAGAAUCGCUGAUGCAGAUUUUGAAAACAGUGAAGGGGGCGAUGCUUUUCGUGAGAAUUUGGAGAACAAUGAAGAUUUGUACCAGUCACAAUGGAGAGAAAUUUCCGCUUACUUGGACAACAUGUUUCUCAAAAUUAUGAUUAUUAUUGUUGUAGUAUGCCCUUUCAUAGUUAUUAAAGCACUUUAAAAGCAUUAAAAAAAAUUAAGAUAAACAGGAAUGUUUUACUCUCUGUUGGAAUAGGAAAUUACUGAGCUAAAAACGACGUGAUUUAAAACUAUUAAAUUUCUCUUCAUUGUCAAAUACAUAUUAUAUCAAACAACUUACAUAUAUAUAUAUACAACUGUAACGCUUGUACAAAUACGAUACUUUAAUUAUCGCACUGACUUGGUGGCAAUGUACCUUUUUAUCCAAUAAUAUACUCACAGUUUAAUCGAGUCGUUUAUUUUUGAGAUGAUUCCUCUUUUCCUUUCUUAGUGUUAAAGCCAAUGGUCUUCCUGUGCUCAUUUACUCUAAAUUUAUUACUGCACCUAUCAAUACCUCAU